CCUCGUCUUUUUCUACCCAUGGCGAGCGUGACACAUUGUCAUGCCAUGUGCGACAUCCACAUAUCAUGUCGCAAGCUAGCUUGAAAGCUUUGUUUCGCCCUCAAGCAAUCUCAUCGUGCCUGAGGUCCCCGAAUUUGCCGAACUCAGCGCUCGGUCGACGAUUUCGAUCGUAUCUCGCUCCGCCAUUCCUCCUUGAUGAUUAUCUGCCUCGCUACCAUCUCCUCACCGCCACCGAAGCCGCAAAGAAGCGAUCCUUGGCCUAUAAGCAUUUGAGGAACUGCAAUCUUUGUCCACGUCUAUGCGGCGUGAAUCGCUAUGAGAAGACAGGGACAUGCCUAAUAGGUGCUGAUGUUAAAGUUAACACCAUAGCUCCUCAUUUCGGCGAAGAGCCAUGUAUUCAGGGUCGGUACGGCUCUGGAUCCGUUUUCUUCUCCGGUUGCAACCUCCGUUGCGUGUUCUGCCAGAACCACGACAUAGCCCAUCAACGCAACGGGUUCGAUCUUACUCCCGAACAACUGGCUGAGUGGUAUAUAAAGCUACAGGACGUGGGGCACGUGCACAACAUUAACCUAGUGACACCUGAGCAUGUCGUCCCUCAAGUCGUACUUUCCAUCCUGCACGCGCGCGACUUGGGCCUGCGUCUCCCCAUCAUCUACAACACGAGCUCGUUCGACUCGUUGGAGUCUCUAGAAUUGCUCGACGGGCUGAUCGACAUAUACAUGCCCGAUUUCAAGGUAUGGAAGGACAGCACGUCAAAGCGACUGCUCAAAGCCGAUAACUACACCGCGGUAGCUAUGGAAAGCAUAAAGGCAAUGCACAAGCAAGUGGGGGACUUGUGCUUCACGUCCGACGGUUUGGCCAAGAAGGGCCUGCUGGUUCGCCAUCUCGUCAUGCCAGGCAAGGAGGACGAGGGCCAGGAGAUUGUUAAGUGGCUUGCGGAGAACAUAUCGAAGGAUGUGUAUGUACAUAUCAUGGAGCAGUACCACCCCCGAGCACAUGUGGGAAAACCUAAGACAAGAUCAAAGGCAGCGUCUGCAGAUGACGUCGAGCCUGGAGGAGUGCCUUUGCAGGGGGAGGCGAGAAAGGAAGUCCGCUACGCCGACAUCAAUCGAGCCGUGUCUGAGGAAGAGGUGUCUGUCGUGCGACGUGCGGCGGAGCAAGCUGGCCUGUGGCGGUUCGUCGAAGUGUCUGAAUACGCCGGCUUUGCAUGAAGCAGCGUGCUAUUUAUGGGUUCUUGGGAUUGCGUUCCUCGGUCCCUUGCGUGGGCCAUUAAUGAGCCGUGCGGAACGGAAGCGUGCCUUGCACGUUACGAAUACGACGGCUUGAGCUCUUGGCCCAAACGCACAGCAUGAAGCGUACCUCACGUGGAUCACGAGGGAAAGUUAGAGGUGAUCCGGCAGACGUGAUGCAUAAGUUGCAGCUGGAGCAUCCAGUGUGCGGGAACGGGUGUUUCAAGGCUCCGGAAGAGGGCACGACGCAUAAGGAUAGGUGGAAUUUGGGGAGCUUUAAAAGUGUCACAAGAGACUUUGAUAUUGCAAUCCUCGGACGUACGCCGCCUUUGUGUGCAUUGUUCAAAUUUUGGUUGACACAGCGCGCAUCCCACGCUGUAAAUAGUCUGAUCUCCUUCCUACAUGGGGUAUCUCUAAAGAACGAUUUUGAAAUACGCACACAUUGACUCGACACACAACAAGUCCGUGAAAUACGUACUUGUGACCGACGCCCCCUUUCUUGCCCUUUUCACAUUACAAAUACAAGGGACUAGAAGGGAAUGCCUAUAUCCACAAGUACACGCUAGAAAAGAAAAAGAUUA